GUCAGUGCGCGAGGCGGGGUUGACUUCUGCCGUACUGACCAGACGAGAAAUAAAACUAGUUUCCUUUGUCAGUGGUUUAUUGCCGGGACUAUUUGCAGCAAGUCGCUGACACUUUUUUGGCAGCGUUCAACCUGAACCAAGUGACUACAGAGCUGCGAAAAACCUUCUCAACGAUUGACUUCUAGCGAGGAAGUGUAAGUCAGAAUGGCGCAGUGGAACCAGUUGCAGCAGCUGGAGACCAAGUAUUUGGAGCAGCUCUAUCACCUGUACAGCGACAGCUUCCCCAUGGAGCUGCGGCAGUUCCUUGCUCCCUGGAUCGAAAGUCAGGACUGGGCCUACGCUGCCAAUAAGGAGUCGCACGCCACCCUGGUCUUCCACAAUCUUUUGGGAGAGAUCGACCAGCAGUACAGCAGAUUCCUACAGGAGAACAACGUUCUCUACCAACAUAACCUGCGCCGCAUCAAACAGCAUCUCCAGAGCAAGUAUCUGGAGAAGCCCAUGGAGAUCGCGAGGAUCGUGGCCCGCUGCCUGUGGGAGGAGCAAAGGCUGCUGCAGAAUGCCACCUCAGCUGCGCAGGACGGCCAGGCUGCUCAUCCGUCCGGAACAGUGGUGACAGAAAAGCAGCAGAUUCUGGAGCACAACCUUCAAGAUAUAAGAAAACGAGUGCAGGAUAUGGAGCAGAAAAUGAAAAUGCUUGAGAACUUACAGGACGACUUUGACUUCAAUUACAAAACACUGAAAAGCCAAGGAGAGCUUUCUCAGGACCUCAAUGGUAACAGCCAGGCCUCAGCCGCCAGACAGAAGAUGGCACAGCUGGAGCAGAUGCUGAGUGCUCUGGACCAGCUCAGGAGGCAAAUAGUCAAUGAAAUGGGAGGCUUGCUCACCGCCAUGGAUUAUGUCCAGAAGAACCUGACUGACGAGGAGCUUGCUGACUGGAAAAGGAGGCAGCAGAUUGCGUGUAUUGGUGGCCCACCCAACAUCUGUCUGGACCGUCUGGAGACUUGGUUCACGUCUCUGGCCGAGUCGCAGCUUCAGAUUCGCCAGCAGAUCAAGAAGCUGGAGGAGCUUCAACAGAAAGUUUCCUACAAGGGAGACCCCAUCAUUCAGCACCGUCCAGCUUUGGAGGAGAAAAUUGUCAACCUCUUUAGAAGCCUGAUGAAGAGUGCUUUUGUGGUUGAGAGGCAGCCAUGUAUGCCCAUGCAUCCAGACAGACCUCUUGUCAUCAAAACUGGAGUUCAGUUCACCAAUAAAGUCAGACUGCUGGUGAAAUUUCCUGAACUCAAUUACCAGCUGAAAAUUAAAGUUUGCAUCGACAAAGAAUCUGUGGACGUCGCUGCCAUUCGAGGAGCAAGAAAGUUCAACAUCCUGGGUACCAACACGAAGGUCAUGAAUAUGGAGGAAUCCAACAAUGGCAGUCUCUCUGCAGAAUUUAAACAUUUGACACUGAGAGAGCAGCGAUGUGGCAACGGUGGUCGCACCAAUAGCGAUGCGUCUCUCAUCGUCACUGAGGAGCUGCACCUGAUCACUUUUGAGACGGAAGUCUAUCACCAAGGCCUGAAGAUCGACCUGGAGACUCAUUCCUUGCCUGUGGUGGUCAUCUCAAACAUCUGCCAAAUGCCCAACGCCUGGGCGUCCAUACUGUGGUACAACAUGCUGACCAACCACCCAAAGAAUGUGAACUUCUUCACCAAGCCACCGGUGGGAACCUGGGAUCAGGUGGCAGAAGUGCUGAGCUGGCAGUUUUCCUCCACCACAAAGCGAGGUCUCACCAUUGAGCAGCUCACCACCCUCGCAGAGAAACUCUUGGGACCGUCCGUCAACUACUCUGGCUGCCAGAUCACUUGGGCCAAGUUCUGCAAGGAAAACAUGGCUGGCAAAGGGUUCUCCUUCUGGGUGUGGCUGGACAACAUUAUUGACCUGGUGAAGAAGUACAUCCUGGCCCUGUGGAAUGAAGGGUACAUCAUGGGCUUCAUCAGUAAGGAGAGAGAAAGAGCGAUUCUCAAUCCAAAGCCACCCGGCACCUUCCUCCUGCGCUUCAGCGAGAGUAGCAAAGAGGGCGGCAUCACCUUCACAUGGGUGGAGAAAGACAUUAGUGGAAAGACCCAGAUCCAGUCGGUGGAGCCGUACACCAAGCAGCAGCUCAACAGCAUGUCAUUCGCUGACAUCAUCAUGGGCUACAAGAUCAUGGAUGCCACCAACAUCCUGGUUUCACCACUUGUCUACCUGUAUCCCGAUAUUCCCAAAGAUGAAGCUUUUGGAAAGUACUGCAGGCCAGAGGAGAUUACCGAGCCAGACCCCUCAGACCCAAACAUUAUUCAGCCGUACUUGAAGAAGAAGUUCAUCUGCGUGACCCCGUGCCCCUCCGUGUUCAUGGACUUGCCGGACAGUGAGCUGCUAGCGAACGGAUUUUCGUGCUCCAACUCUGGGAACACCAGUGACCUCUUCCCCAUGUCUCCUCGCACUCUCGAUUCACUAAUGCACAACGACGCCGAGGCUCAUUCCGGACAUAUGGAGUCUCUGACUGUGGAGAUGGACGUGAUGUCACCAAUCUGAAGAAUCUGCUGCCGUGUGACGCACCAUGUAUAUAGUGUACGUACUUUGGACUCACUGUCAUACAGUUGGUGAAGAUUGUUUUCCUGUAGUCCACUGUAUUCCUGCCUCUUUUCUUUAGAUAUAUUUUUACAAAACAGUUAGAUUUUUCUGUGAUACUAACAGGAAACUGAUACUUCUUUUUCCUUUUUCCAAAACGUCAUAUAGUGAUUAAACGAUAAGCUAUUCCAUUUGUGUUUAUGCAGAGGUCGAUAGAACCUAACAAGCAGAUGAAUUAACAACUCUUCACCCUUCUCUACCUGUUUGUACGUACAAAGUGGUAGUUUUCAAGGCUGUUUUCUAAGAUAAUGUAUUUUGUCAUCAUGUCAAUUGCACUUGUUAAAAAAAAUGCAGUUCAACCACUUAUCAGUGUUGUAACAGGUAGUUUAAAGGUUUUAUUUCCACUGUGUCAUGUUUGAUUUCCAAUAGUGGACUUGCUUUUAACAACACUUUGUAUCUUUGCCUUGAAAUCAUGACAUCAAGUUAGACUUAGACUUAGACUUUCUUUAUUGUCAUUGCACAAAACAUAUUACUAUAUUUGUUAUUUGGAACAAUAAAUAUAAUUGCAACAUGA